AUGGUGUCUGCACCAGCCAAGGAUGAAGGUCCUCUCGAGCCUGCGCCUGUAACGGCGGGCGGAACGUACAAGAUCCAGACGAUCUCCGUCGGUUGCAAGGUCUAUGCGCGGCGAUGGAAUCCUGACACCAGCGAGAUUGAAGAACGUCUGGUAGAAAUAUUGUCUAUCCGGGAUAAGCCACCGGCCAAUCCGUACCUGCGCCGCCAGCUCGCCGGCGCUGCCGGACCGUCUUCGUCGCCCGCGCCGUCGUUCGAUGCUGAUCCUGAACUUGACAAACUUGAAUUCUUCGUGCACUGGGACCAGUUCAAUAAACGUCUCGACGAAUGGCUUCCCGGCUCUCGUCUUGUUCUCUCUCGUGAUCUUGAGUGGCCUCGUCCGAAGAAGGACAAGAAGGAUGGCAAGACGGCUGGCGGUAGCGGGCGCGGACAUAGCGCAGCGUCGCCAUCCCCUGCACCGUCGAACAAGCGAGUUGGGAAGAUGCCGCGUGGGGGGAAGGAGAACAACAACUCAUUGCUGCGACGAGCGACCACGAAUGCGGCGUUGACCGGCCAGGGUGCAGGGAAGGGCAAAGGCAAGGCGUCUGCGCCACCAAGUGCACCACCGACACCCACGCCUGCAAAGCGCUCACUCAAGCGCAAGCAUCCGGUUGAUGAAGAGGAUGAAGAUGCUGACGAGGAUGCGGAGGGAUCACCGGAUGUAGAGGAGCAGGAUCGGAUGGACAUCGAUGGGGAGGGAGAUGACGAUGCCGACGGCGAGACAGAUGCCGGAGAGGGCGAGACGUUCGACAUUACCGACGCUGUCAACGCGACCGAGCCUGUACCGGCACCACAGCCUUUGGCGAACUUCUCGAAAGAGGAAGAGAUCGAGAAGUUACGGACGGGAGGCAGCAUGACACAAUCCGUCUCUGAAGUCGCUCGUGUCAAGAACCUCAACAGGCUAUCCAUUGGAAAGCAUGAGGUCGACUCUUGGUACUUCUCCCCGUAUCCACAGGAGUACGCACAUCUACCCGUGCUAUACCUUUGCGAGUUCUGCUUCGCAUAUUUCCCAAGCCACUUCAUGCUCGGACGCCACCGGCAGCGCUGCACGUUGCUCUGUCCACCUGGGAACGAGAUCUACCGCGAGGGCGACAUCUCGUUUUUCGAGAUCGACGGCCGCAAGCAGCUCACGUAUUGCCGUAAUCUCAGUCUACUGUCGAAAUGCUUCCUGGAUCACAAGACGCUCUACUACGACGUGACACCUUUCAUGUACUACGUGAUGACUCAACGCGACUCACACGGCGCUCACCUCGUUGGCUACUUCUCGAAAGAGAAAGAAUGUUCCGAGAACUACAACGUUGCAUGUAUCUUGACACUGCCUCAGCAUCAGCGACACGGCUACGGCAAGCUGCUCAUCGAGUUCUCAUACCUGCUCUCCCAGCGCGAAGGCAAGCUUGGCAGCCCGGAGAAGCCGUUGAGUGAUCUCGGUUUACUCGGCUACCGUUCGUACUGGGCCGAGAAGAUCGUCGAGGCCGUCGUUACGGCUGGCGAGGAGGUCUCGGUCGACGAGAUCGCGCAGGCCACCAGUAUCACGCAUGCCGACGUCAUGAACACGUGCACGACCCUACAACUGUUCAAGCACUACAAGGGUCAACACGUCAUCGCGCUCUCCGACUCUGUACUCGAUCGGUACGAGAAAGCGAAGAACAAGCGUCGGCGGAGGAUCAAUAAGGACUGCCUCAAGUGGAAGCCGCCAACGUUCACUCGUGAUCAGCUUCGUUUCGGGUGGUGA